AUGAAGUUCUGCUCGAAGCAACAAUGUUUCAUGUUUUCUCCAUAUAACCAGGGCUACUGCGCAUGGAAGAUUGGCCUCUGUGAUGAGCAUACCGCUAUGAGAAGGUUAAUGGAUGGAAUCCCACCUUUUAAAGACAAGAAGCUUCACAUUGAGAAUCUCCAGUUUGAAGGCGUGACAGUGAGGCUGUACCGGCCGAAAGGGGUUGCCACAAAGCUCAGAAAAGGGAUCCUCUUCAUUCAUGGAGGAUUUGGCAUGUGGGGCAGCAUUGAUUCCUAUGAAAGAACAUGUCGCUGUAUUGCACGGGAAAGUGACUCAGUGGUCGUCUCUGUUGGGUACCGUCUGUCUCCUGAGUACCCGCACUCUGUACAGUUCAGGGACUGUCUUGAUGCUACCAUCCACUUUAUGAAGAAUGCAGAGGACUAUGGAGUGGAUCCAGAACGUAUUAUCAUUAGUGGGGAUAGCAUAGGGGGCACAUACGCAACUGCUGUUUGUCAAGAACUGGUCAAGAGAACGGACCUCCCCAAAGUACGCGCCCAGAUCUUGAUCUAUCCUUUCCUACAAGCCAUCGAUUUCAAUUUACCUUCCCAUCAGCAAAACCGAUUUGUACCCCCAUUUUUCCUAAGAACAGUAGAGGAAUUCAGUAUGCAGUUUCUUAGGAAAAACAAAUCUCUUGUGAAAUAUUUGAGGAACGGCUCCCAUGUUCCCGAGGACUUGAAAAUGAAGUUGAGGAAGUGGAUCAGUCCAGAUAUUAUCCCGAAGGAAUUCAAACUCAGAGGCUACCAACCACCGCCACCAGUUUCCUACUCACCAGAAAUCCGCCAAGAAGCCGAAGUGGCUUUUGAGACCACAUUAUCACCUCUUAUCGCUGAUGUCGAUGUCAUUCGGCAGCUCCCUGAGACAUACAUUUUAACUUGUGAGUAUGAUAUCUUCAGAGAUGAAGGACUACUGUACAAAAAGAGAUUAGAGGACAAAGGGGUUCCUGUGACUUGGUGCCACCUUGCAGAUGGAUUCCACGGAAUCAUAUACUACUUUGAUAUUCCUCUGCUUUCAUUUCUGGGUUCAAAAAGAGGGAUGCACAGUAUCGUGAAUUUUGUAAAAAGAUUAUAA